AUGCCGACCAAUUUUUCCUCAACGGAUCCUGCCUUUGCGACCCAUCGCUUCCGCGUGCAGAGGGCCUCGCCGGAGCUGCCUGGGGAUUCUCCAACUGCGCCUGCAAAGACCGCGACCGUCACCCGCCCGGCGUGCGAUCGGUGCCGGCGUCUAAAGAAGAGAUGCAGCCAGAGUCUACCGGACUGUGCGGCGUGCAUCCAUGCCGGACGGAGGUGCUCGUACCAGGUGCUGCAGGCGCGCGUGCAGGAGUUGACGCAGUAUGUCACCGAGCUCGAGCAGGAGCGGGUUACCGGUACCGGUGUAGUUACACAGCAUGAACCUUGUGCUGCUGGUGAGACUGCCGCUGCCACUGCCAUUGCCACGAGGGCUGGUGACACAAGGACUGCUGAUACGAGGCAGCCACAACCGCAGCCACAGGCGAAUACACCUUGGACGGUUACACAGAGUCCAGGGACAGGGACAGGGACAGGGACAGGGACAGGGACCGCUGUUACACCCGCGCGCGUGGAGAUUCCCGACCCGAGUGUGCUGGUUGAUGCGUUCUUCCACCAUGUGUACAGGGCGUAUCCGUUUAUCGAUGAGGAGAGGGUCAGGAAGGCGUCGGUCUCUUGUGUGCCUGAUUCGCGCGAUACGGACGCUAUUAUUCUGUAUAUGGUCAUGGCUAUUGGGAAUACCAGUCUUGAGCGCUCGGGCAAGGCUCCCCCUGGGAUUACGGCGGCGUUUGAUAUCCCGUAUGCGGAUAUCAUGCAGCGGUGUAUCAUGGAGGAGGGUAUUGACUCGAUUCAGAUCCUGACGUUACUUGCUCUGUAUUCCCUCUUCGAUCCCCUCGGGCCUUCGACUUGGUCUAUUGUGGGCAUUAUCACGCGGCAAGCGAUGGCGCAAGGCCUGACUCGACCGGUCGUUUCGGAAGACCUAUCACCAAAAGAGGUCGAGCUGCGUCGGCGGCUGUUCUGGAGUAUCUUCGGACUAGACCGGAUGAUGGCUGCAUCAGUAGGGGUGACGCCAGGCCUGGUCGGAGACGAGAUGGACAUUCCAUUUCCUGCAAUCACAGUUGAAGAAUUCGCAUCGAUAAAGCGGGCUGAGCAUGCCUCGAUGCUGCAGGUCAGCCGGCAUGUCAUUGAGCUGCGCCAGCUGGAAGCAAAGAUCAUGGCCACGGUCCAUCUGCAACGACGAGUAGCAGUCAGUGCACUCACGCAGGCAGACCGCAGGACGAUAACGACGCGACUGCGCUCGGAGAUCGAGAACUGGUACAGUCAUGGGUGUCUGAUCUCGCGGCCGGAAUUGGACAAUGUCCGGCUUCACGAUACGAUGGGAUGGUUGAAUGCGCGGUACUACCAUCUGCUUCUCAUUCUCUAUUAUCCAUGCCAGUUCAACUCGGGGUCUUCGGCGCAGGGAACUGCCCGGGUUACUGCGUUGCUUGAGCUCGUCCGCAAGUUCACCCAGUAUAACCGCGUCCUGCUCAGUCACCAGCAGCUACCCCUGAACCGGGUAACGCUGAGCCGACUGUUCCCGCCGUGCUUGAUCCUGAUAUACUGCUUCUCCCACGGCAGUACAAGCAGUUUCCACGCGCGGACUGAGAUCCGCGCCUUUGUCGACAUCCUGGACAACUUCCCCGGCUCCUGGGCGCACGCAAAACGACUGGCACGGAUCCUCAUCGAGCUCGACGAACUGGUCGCGGGCCACGAGGCGUACCCUUUGGAAGUGAAUAAAGAGGAAUGGCUGCGCUCAUUGCGCCGGGAGAUGGUGUCAUUGCUCGGUGAAACCCUCGGCAAGGCGAGUUGCUACCAGGAUUUAAUCGACUACGAGGAGCAGGAGGGAAAUCUGUCGUAUGCACGGGCAGCGGACGAGUCGCCGAACAUGUCUGCGCCGCCGUUUCUGCCUGUUGAUCACGACUCGAGCACGAUUGUAUGCUCGUUCCUGUAG